GCGGCGGGAGCCCGGGAGGGGGGCGGAGGGCCAGCGCUUUACGGAGUGCGCCACACGGCCGCGGCCUGGGGCCGGGCGGGGAAAGGGCUCGGGCGGGCCGGGCUGGCGGCGGGGCCGCCCCCGGGGCAGCCCGGCGGGAAGCACGGGGAAACUUUUCCUGCGCGCUGUGGUGGAGGGAUAACACAGCGCCUCCGGUCCCCUCCCGAGCGCUGGUUUUGUCACCGCGGUGCCAUUUAAACUUGUGAAGGGGGGUACGAGCAGCCCUGUCGUAUCUGAAGACUUGCGGUUUGUUUGGGGAUUUCUCAUUUUUGCGUUGUUUUGUUUCGGUUUUGUUUUUCCUCCCCCCCGCCCCUUAAUUUUGGUGGGGUUUGUUUGUUUUCGGUGAGUGGGAGGGAAGCAGAAUAAAAUGUUCGGUGUUGUGUGCCACGGUAAAAAUCCCCUGUGUUUUUAAUAGUUUAGGGCCUAAACUUGCCAAAGGAUUUGAAUAUAUUGGCGUCUGUGACUCAUGUACAGAAAAGUGCUGGAGGUUCAUUUUCAUUGGGCUGGUUGUAGUUAUGAGUGAAUCUAAAUGCCUUAUCAAGAUUCAGUUUAAGAGUAGAGGAUUGAAAAACUUUAACUGGGUGAAAAUAGGGUUAGUAUGUUUAGGGUUUGAGGAAGAUAAGAUCUAGAGGUUUUUUUUUUUUGUCUUUUGCCUAUAAAAAGAUGAAAGUUUUAAACGGUGUGGAGGUAGAAACAUGGUAAGUGUAAAUAUUUGUGUACUGAAAAAUGAAAAUGUGCACACAAACCAGGCAAAUCCAAUAGUCUUGAAUGGAUCCUUAUUUGCUUUAAAGUAACUUUAUUAAAUUAAAGGAGGCUUGUUAAGAGGAUCUUUCAGGUUUUACAGUUAAUUGUCACGAGGAGUCAGUUUUGUGGUCAUGGGACAGGUGUUUGUUUUACCAGACACUUGUAUGUACUUGUAAGACCUAAGAAGUUUUCUGUGGUAAAAUAAGCAGGAUGCUUUGGUGGUGUUUUUAGACAUGACCUAUAAGUUGAUGGGUUGUGUAAUUUCCUUUAAAUAUUUUUUUAAUUCAGUAGAGAGUAUUUCAUUGCCGAGAAGUCUGGCUUUUUGUUUCCACACAACAUGAUGUAUUUCAUAAAUCACUCUCUAAAGAGUAAAAUAAAAGGUCUGAUGAUUGUGCACCUGUAGUUGCUACUUGAAUUUGACAGGUUAUUUUUUCUUUGUCAAGUGACAGCUAAUAGGUAAGCCAAUAGUAAGGUCUGAAGUUUUUGAUGCCUUGGGUUUGUGCUGUGGUGUACAUCUACUUCUGAGGCUGCUUUUGAUAGUAAUUCUUUCUUAACUUGCCAAGAAAUGUGACCAUUUACUUGUAGGCCUUUGAUUGAGGUGUGUCUGAGCAAGCAAGAAACAGGUUUAGGUCACUCUUGGUGUUUUUAUGUAUUAAUGAGGAAACAGUGUCUGCAAUCUGCUAUUACAGUCACUUGCCCUAAAGGUCAAGAGGUCUUUCACAUGCCAUUAGAAUUGUGGUGUACGAACUUGCAAAAAGAACAGGAAAAGGGCUGUUUCAAACCUUGGAGCCGAGACUUCUGCUUUGAAAAAAGGCUGUGUCCGACCUUCUUGCAACUUCUGUUUCACAGUUGUCUACGAGCAGCUUGGUGCUUUCCAGUGUUGACUAAUUUUUGGGUCUUUGAGAUACUGUAAACUAGAAAAACAUAAGUCUCGUUUACCGUGCUUCAGUGGAUCUGCAGGUACUGUGGGAAGUAGAACUUCAAAUGAUGGUAGUAGCAUGCAAAAGCUGUCUAGAGAGAGAAGGCAGAGGAAAGAGGAAACAUUCUCCUGGAGAGGAGUCUUACCCCUCUUCAUCACCAAUAUGGUUUGUAGAAUCAGAUGACCCAAACCUGACUUCAGUCUUAGAGCGUUUAGAAGAUAUUAAGAAGAGCAAUACUCUGCUUCUUCAACAGCUGAAGCGAUUAAUAUGUGACCUCUGCAGAUUAUAUAAUCUUCCUCAGCAUCCAGAUGUUGAAAUGUUAGAUCAGCCAUUACCAGCUGGACAGAAUGGAACAACAGAAGAAGUUACUUCAGAGGAAGAGGAGGAAGAAGAUAUGGGUGAAGACAUUGAAGAUCUGGAUCACUAUGAUAUGAAGGAGGAGGAACCUCCUGAUGGGAAGAAAUCUGAGGAUGAAGGCAUUGAAAAAGAGAACCUUGCAAUCUUAGAAAAAAUCAGAAAAAAUCAAAGGCAAGAUCACUUAAAUGGUGCAGUCUCUGGGUCAGUUCAGGCUUCAGAUCGACUUAUGAAAGAACUCAGGGAUAUAUAUAGAUCACAGAGUUAUAAAACAGGGAUAUAUUCAGUGGAACUGGUAAAUGACAGCUUGUAUGAAUGGCACGUUAAGCUACUAAAGGUUGAUCCUGAUAGCCCACUGCAUAGUGAUCUUCAGGUCUUAAAAGAAAAAGAAGGUGUAGAAUACAUUUUACUCAACUUCUCUUUUAAGGAUAACUUCCCUUUUGAUCCUCCCUUUGUGCGAGUGGUAUCUCCUGUGCUCACAGGAGGGUAUGUCCUAGGUGGAGGUGCAUUAUGCAUGGAACUUCUUACUAAACAGGGCUGGAGCAGUGCCUAUUCAAUAGAAUCAGUCAUCAUGCAGAUCAAUGCCACUUUAGUCAAAGGAAAAGCCAGAGUACAGUUUGGAGCCAAUAAGAAUCAGUAUAAUCUAGCAAGAGCACAGCAGUCCUAUAAGUCACUAGUACAAAUACAUGAGAAAAAUGGCUGGUACACUCCUCCAAAAGAAGAUGGCUAACAUUGAGGACUGUUGUAUACCUGGACCAAUGUCAACAAAACAAGCUCUUUUUUAUGUUUUCCAACACACAGACUCAAGCUAUGAGUGCCCCUAUAACAGCUGUACUGAAGACUUUAGCUAUAGAUAAGUUAGUGGAUAAUCUGUCAACUGACACGUAAAGUAUAAGUUACAGCCUUACCAUUCCGCUCUUCUUAGGUAUCUGGACUGAGCAAUUUUGGCCUUUACCAUAUUUGUUCUUAUGGAUUUAAGCAUAUUUGGGCCAUGCCCUCCCUUCUCCCUUUUAUUUUUUUUUAUUUGAAAGCAUAAGCUCCCUACAGCAGGCUAUUGAGUUACUAAAGAUCAUUCAAUAGGAGUGAGUUGUUCACACACUUUUGUGUAUUUCUUACCUUUUGCAAAAUGCAGACUGCAGAGACUUGCGUUGUAUCGUUUCAUUUAAAGCCAAGAAGUUUAAUACAUUGUUUAAUACUGUUUUAGGAAAUGUCAGGUCUUGCAAAUCACAGUAGUUUUUCUGGUCUAAGAUGACAGCAUUUGUAGUAUUUCCAAAUUAAUGAUAUAGGAAAAACACAUGUAUGUUAAGUCAUUAAACAUUUUUCAUGGCUGUAUGAGAAUAUGAACUGUUUCUUGGAAAAGAUGCUCUUUUUUUAGAUAAUGUUAAUUUUUUGUUUGUUUGUUUGUUUCUUUUUUUAAAGCAGAGCAAGGCUGUGCCAAUAAAACCUUGUAACUAGUCACUUCCACUGGGGCAUCAGAACUUGCUGGGCUGUUCCUGCUACUUGUUGGCUCAACCUCCUUAACAAGAAGAGCCGCAGUAUGAAGCUUGAAGUUAUUUAAAAUACUAAAAACCUUUUUAGGUGUUCCAUUUUAUUAACGGGUUGUUGCAAUCAUUUGUGAACUAAUGAACUUAUAAAGUGAUUGGCACAAGUAGAGAUGAAAAUCCUUGAAUGAAAAAUUUUUAUAUAAAAGCUACAAUAAAAUACAAAAACACAUCAUCUGAUUCAGAGGUUGAAGAAAUGUUGCCAUAGUCAUGACGGUGGUUUUGUUAUUGAAAGACUAAUGGGAACUGUACUUUCUUUAUUAGGAAAUGAAUCUGGGUCUGUGUAAUUACACUAUGUUUCAUUGCCUUACCUAAAUCGAUUCUAUUUUGGUUGUAGUGCUAGUCAUUAGGCCUUUGCACCCCUCUGGGGCUGAGCUAAGGGUGUGUACCAUGGAUUAAGCACUUUUUAGAAGCGCAUAAGCAUGAUUUUGUUAUGUUUUUUUUAGUUGACUCUCCGAUUUGUGCUCUUUUUCUCUAUCAGGCACCCCCGGGUCCUUGUGUAUUUGCUUCUAGAUCCAGUUUUUAGCUCGAAAGGAUGGGAGAGGUUUGGCACCGCUCCCCCCGUACGUAGCCUUUCCCGCGUACGGUGGGUGACUUCCCAGCCUUCCUGCCGGCGUGGCUGUACCGGUGCGUGGGGAGGAGCCCGGGGGGGGGCGGGCGGCUGUAGGGCCCACGCGUGGCUGUGAGGGCCGCGGCCUGCGCGCCGCUCUGCCUCCGCCCCGCCCGCCGCCGCGCAGACAGGCCCGCCCCUUCGGCGCAUGCUUGGGUGUGGGUUCCAUUUCUCAUUGCGGAGUUACUUGGCAAUGUACAGUAAUUUGUAAACUUGCAUCAAGUUUAUGAAUAAAAAAUAAUAAAAA